AUGACCGACCAACCGCUCACGCUCGCGCAGCAGUUCGAGCGCUACGUCUCGCACAAACACGCUGAAGAGUUGACGACGAUUGUCCUCGCGAGCGAUCCUCGAGCGCCGUACGCGAUCGAUCUCGAUGCCAUGGAGCUCUUCGCUACGAUUCCGAUGUUCGGUAACGCGUUCCUACAUCGACCACUGUCGAUGCUGCCGGCGAUGGAGGACGCGAUGCGGUCGGCGCAGGAGGAAAUCGUUCGAACGGAGUGCGGGCGGGCGGAGCGCGGAGACGGAGACGCGAUGGAGCGGGCAAAGCGGAUGACGGUGAAGGAGAUCGUUCGCGCGCGCGUGGAUGCGCAUAGGUUCUGCGAGACGUUUCCAGAGCUCGCGCCCGGGAUCGGGAGCGUGCGGACGCGGCACGUAAAUAAGUUGUGGUGCGUCGAGGGCGUGGCGGUGAGAGUCGGUUCGGCGAAAUCGUUGGAGGCGGAAAACGUGUUUGAGUGCGUGAAGUGCGGGCACCAGUUUUUGAUCCCAGUGAACGUCGAGGAGGGUAGUGGAGGGGAGCCUCCGCCCGCGUGUCCUCGAACGAAGCCGUGCAAGGGGAAGUCUUUUCGAGCGGUUCCAGUUCCGCCCACGCGAAGGAUGAUACGCGAUUAUCAAGAGGUUCGCAUUCAGGAGCCGGUGGGAGGACCGGCGGGUGGAAGCGCGCGUGCGGCGCCGCGUGCGCUCCUCGUUGUCUUAGAGGAUGAUCUAGUUGACAAAGUACGAGCGGGUGAUGACGUGAAGAUGUCCAUAGUCGUUCGAAGGAGAUGGCACAAGUGCUCUCGCGAGCAGAGAUGUGAGGUCGAGCUCGUGGGUCACUGCGUCAGUCUGCACGUCGCUCAAAAGCAAAAGACGAUCGAACGAGUCGUCGACGAGGAGGCAAAAUCGGGUUUUGAGUCAUUCUGGCGUGAGCACGCGGCAAGGCCGUUUUACGCGCGAGACAUGAUCUUACGAGCGAUGUGUCCUCAGCUCUUCGGAAUGGCGAUGCCGAAACUCGCGCUCAUGUUGGCACUCAUUGGAGGCGUUCCUCGUCGUGACUCGAGUGGAGGACGCGUGCGCGGGGAAUCUCACAUUCUACUUAUCGGCGAUCCCGGCAUGGGCAAGUCGCAGCUGUUGAAGUACGCCGCAGCGGUGGCUCCGAGGGCCAUUUUGACAACGGGGAUGGGCUCGAGCUCGGCGGGACUCACCGUAGCGGCGACAAAGGAGUCAGGGGAGUGGGCUUUAGAGGCCGGUGCUUUGGUGUUAGCUGAUGGCGGUGUGUGUUGCAUAGAUGAGUUCGAUUCGAUCAGAGAGGCGGAGCGGGCGACGAUUCACGAGGCGAUGGAGCAGCAGACGCUCAGUGUGGCCAAGGCUGGUAUGGUGACGACUCUUCGCACGCGAACGACAGUCAUUGGCGCCACAAAUCCCAAGGGUGGACAAUUUGAUAUGGGGUCUAGCGUCGCGGUGAACACGGGUUUAGCUCCACCAUUGUUGAGUCGCUUCGAUUGUCUGAUAGUUCUCAGGGAUGAUCGAAAACCUUCAUGGGACAGAGAAGUGAGCGCGCACAUUUUGGAAUCGCACUCUCGACUGGGCAUCAUCGAAGACGAUUUGCCGCCCGCAACGCAAAGCUCCGCUGGACGUGCACGCUCGUCUCUUUCAUCCGCUGGGGGUCUUCCCGGAAGCUCCCAGCUUUCGGAUGGCGCGAGAUGGGGUCGCGCACUCGCUAAAUGGGGCGCCGAUCCCGAGGUUCCUGCGACUCCAGCCGCGGAGAAGGAGAUUCCUUCGUACGUGACGGAAAAGCGAAGGCAUAUACAGGACGCGAGUCUAGCCGCGUGGCCCUUCGAACGACUUCGAAGUUACAUCGCUCACGUGAAGAGUACGCUUCAACCCCAGCUCACAAAGGAGGCCGAACGCUUGCUCACGGCGUACUACCAGGCGCAGAGGCGACUGGAAGGGCGCAGCGUCGCCAGAACGACGAUUCGCAUGCUCGAAUCGCUAAUCCGUCUCACGCAAGCUCACGCGCGAUUAAUGCAGAGAGACACGGCAAACAGACUCGAUGCAACGGUCGCGGUAUGUUUGGUGGAGAUGUCCAUGCUCUCACUCGUGCCGUUCAUCCAGCUGCCGCCAUCAAACGCCGGGUUUGAAGACGAUCCCGACGCGAGCAUUCGCGGCGUCGAGGCGCGGCUUCUUCGGCGACUCGACGAAGAGCUGGGAACGGAUUGGCGAGAAGGUUCAGGCAGUAAGCGGCAGCGUCAAGAUGACGACGAUGUGGACGAGGAGGAAAACGAUUUCAGACGAGGAAAUGUUUAA